CAGGAGCAACGUGUUCGAUCCCUUCUCCCUCGACAUCUGGGACCCCUUCAAAGGCUUCCUCACCCCAAACUCAUCGUCCUCCGCGUCGGCUUUGUUAAUGUGAGGAUCGACAUGAAGGAAACCCCCGAGGCCCACGUUUUUAAGGCGGACGUGUCCUGCCUGGAGGAGGAGGAGGUGAAGGUGGAAGUGGAGGAAGGCGGCAGGGUUUUGCAGAUCAUCGGGGAACAGAGCAAGGAGCACAAGGAGAAAACCAACAAGUGGCACCGCGUGGAGCACAACAACGACAAGUUCAUGCGGAGGUUCCGCCUACCGAACAACACCAAGGUGGACCAGGAGAAGGCCGCUAUGGAGAAUGGCGUGCUCACUGUCCCUAUUCCCAAGGAGGAAGAGAAGAAGCCCCGAGUGAAGAACGUCCACAUCUCUAGCUGA